GAAAUCGAAAAAGGGCAUUUGAGUAAAACCAAAAAUUCUUUCUUGGUGGUGGGGUAGAUGUUUCCUCAAUCCUCACCCUCUAGUACUAACCUUGACACUAUCUAGUCACUAUCACUCCACACUUCACACUUCACACUUCACACUUCACACUUCUAUACUCUACUCUACUCUACUAUCCCUUUCCUCCAAUCCCAUUUGCUUCUCCUCUCACCAUUUCUCUGCUCAAAAAAUACUCAUAAUGCUAAACCACUGCACAAGUAGAAGUAGUAACAGUAGUAAAGUAGGCCCUUCAAUUCAUCUCCUACCUACAUCACUAUACUUGUACUUGUUCACUUUAGCACUUGUAGUUGUAGUUGCUACUCCCGCUUCACUUCCUCCUUCUCCAGGGUGGGAAAGUGAAGGAAAUAACACAAAUAAUGGGGGUGAAAGGGGAAUUUCGGAGGGGCCGAGUAUUGGUGGAGGAGUGGGAGAAGGGUACGGUGGUUACGGCGGUUACGGAGGAGAGAGUUCGUUGAUGACAUUGGCACCAAGAAGAACACAUAGAAAGGAUCCUUUAGAUGGUUUUAAGUAUUACACUGGUGGUUGGAAUAUUUCUGACCGCCAUUACUGGGCUUCUGUUAGAUACUCUGCUGCUCCGUUGUUCAUUAUCUCCUUAGUCUGGUUCUUUGUCUUUGGGCUGUGCUUGUUGAUCAUUUCUAUCUGUCACUGUUGUCGAAGGGAGCAGCGCAUUGGCUAUUCACGUAUAGCUUACAUUCUUUCACUCGUACUUCUUAUACUCUUCACACUUGCUGCAGUUGUUGGAUGUCUUGUUUUAUAUAAUGGACAAGCAAAGUUUCAUCAUAGUACUGUAUCAACUUUGGAAUAUCUUGUGAGUCAAGCUGAUAUAACCGAAUGGAAGCUCAACAAUGUGUCCAGUUAUCUUUCUUCGGCAAAGCAGAUAGGAAUUCAAAAUGUAUUCUUGCCUUCUAAUGUGCAAACUGACAUUGACGACAUAGACAUGAAAAUCACUGCUGCUUCUAGCUUCCUGGAUCACCAGUCAACUAACACUGCUGAUGACAUACGAGAAGUAUUAGAUUCUGUGAGGCUCGCGCUCAUCAUAGUUGCUGCCAUCAUGCUUUUCCUAGCAUUUCUCGGAUUCUUGUUCUCAAUGUUCGGUAUGCAAGUUCUUGUCUACACGCUUGUGGUUUUUGGAUGGAUUAUAUUGACCGGGACUCUUAUCUUGUGUGGUGUAUUCCUUCUGUUCCACAAUGUGGCCACGGAUACUUGUUUGGCAAUGCAUCAGUGGUCUUUGAACCCAACGGCUCAUACAGCAUUAGAUGAAGUACUUCCCUGUGUCGACCCUGCUACUUCACAAGAAACCUUAAAGCGAAGCAAGGAGGUUACAUCUCAGCUUGUGGACAUGGUUAACUCGGUCAUAUCCAAUGUCUCUAACAUCAAUUUUGGUGUGCAAUUCAAACCCUUUUACUAUAAUCAAUCUGGUCCUCUACUGCCAUUUCUUUGCAACCCAUUCACACAUGAUUUAAUGGACCGUCAAUGCUCUCGUGGUGAAGUUGAUUUGAACAAUGCUUCUCAGGCUUUGGGUAACUAUGUGUGUCAGGUUGAUCCAACUGGAAUAUGCACUACUACAGGCCGUUUAACACCGGCCAUGUAUAAUCAAAUGAUUUCCGCGGUGAAUGUGAGCUAUGGCUUGCACAACUAUGGUCCUGACCUUGUUGCAUUACAGGACUGCUCUUUUGUCAGGGAAACCUUCACAAGCAUAUACACCGAUCAUUGCCCUGGUCUUCGACGCUAUAGCAGAUGGGUGUAUGCAGGAUUGGUUUUGGUCUCAUUUGCAGUGAUGUUGUCCCUCAUUUUCUGGGUGAUUUAUGGUAGAGAACGUAAGCACAGGUUGUAUACCAAAAGGCGCUUAAGUGAAGGUAAUUACAAGAAAUCUUAAUGUGUAAAUUGAUUUCUAAUUCUUUCUGUAAUUCUGAAUACUAUUGCUAUUAAUGAACUUUAGAAUUUUAGCUUUGUCAUCA